GCGUGGAAUAUAGCGUGAUAUUAAAGAGAACAAACAAGACUUGGAGGCGAAAGUAGAGCUCAAUGUAUCAAGCUAUUACCAUCCAACAAUUGCGAAACGUGUGCUUUUCUUAAAUAGCUGCUUGCAUCACUUCCUGGUGAAGAAAAAGUUGCUAAAGCAACACCUUUUGCAGAACUUUCUCAGUUGCUGACAAAUUCUGUUACAGAAUUUUCAAACGGUUAGUGUAAUUUGAAGCUUAUUCGAUGUCAGUGAAGUACUUCAACGUUCUUCAAUGUCAUUUGAGCAUAGCUGUCUCACAAGAUGGUGUUCUUAGUGAUGUCAGACAUCUUUAUUACUUCAUUUGAAAGAGAAAGUAAUGUCACUUUGUGAUAAGGCCAUUAUUAGUUCGGUCUUGAUCCUGAAUCCUUCAACCUGCUCUCAUUUUCUACUCGGACGGCAGAAUAAAUAGCAUAUCUUUGAACAGGACUCGGAAACCAAAAGAAAACUACUGGACCUGGGAGAUAUGAUUAUUUACGGAAAAGAAAAGGAAAUUAUUAAAGCACAGAAACGAUCUAUAGCUGCAUGGAUUAACAACACUCUAGGCUCCACAGUGGUGGAUGCCGACAAUCUCAUGACCAAACUUUCAACUGGUGUAAUCUUGUGCAAGCUUGCAAGAUGCAUCCAAGAAAAGGUUGAUUUAGCAACUAACACCAAUGUUCAGCGAUCGUUCAAGUUUUGGGAGAGUGCUCGUAGAGAGAGUUUCUUCGCUCGAGACAAUGCCGAGCUCUUCAUCCGCUGGUGCAGCGAUUUUGGUGUUCGAGAAGCCGUACUGUUCGAAUCUGAUGGUUUGGUUUUACAGGCACAGCCCCGCACCGUCUUACUCUGCCUUCUGGAACUAUCUCGCCUAGCCUCCCGGUUCGGUGUGCUUCUCCCUCCGCCGCUUCAGCUACCAGCUGUAGCUCUCGGUGAAGAUGGAGCCGUCCUUGCUUCCGAAGACGAGGAAGAACCCUCGGAAGACGAGUUCUUCUUUGCUGCAACUCUUCCAUCUUCUCCGCGACUUCAAAGGUGGGACUCGGGCUGUUCCAGCGGAAGUCCGUCUCCCAGUUCGCCCGGAUCUUCUCUGAAGAGAAGUACUUUGCUGCAGAAGAAAGUAACUCCAUCACAUAAGAAAGAAAAAAAUGUUGUAGUGUUGGUUGGAAGUGAUUCCGACUUUUUGGACUCGUCAAAAAUGGCGUGCCCAUCGCCACGAUCCCAGUCUCCAGCCGCGAGACGGACUGAUACGUUGGCCAAGACGGACACUAUAUGCAGCCGCAUCCGAUCCGGACUGAGUCGAAGCAUUUCGUCUCUCCAAUCCCCCGAUAAAGAAACAAAGAAAAAGAGAACAGGAAGCCUAACCGCACUCGACAAAAGGGUGCUGGAAGUCGCUCGUCAAUACCGACAGGAUGAAAACAAAAUCUUCAGAAUUUCAGAUGGUCACUACAACUUUGGUGGGAAGAACGCUUUCCUUAGAAUGGUUCGUGGAAACAAUGUAGUAGUUCGACUCGGUGGUGGAUGGGACACUUUAGAACAUUUCCUCUCCGUUAUGAAUCCUCAGAAGCUGUCCAGCAAGAAAAAUUGUAAAAAAAUAGCAAAUAUGAAACAAAAGUAUACCUUGCGGAAUAUUUCCCCAUACAUGACACUGUAAACAUAAAAGCCUUUGUUCAUCUGGAAGAUUCUGAUUGGCAUUUUUUCUUCAAAACUGGGAAACUUUAAAUGAAUUCGUUAAAAAAUGAAUUGGUCCUACCAGCAAAAACUUACCUCAGAACGAGCAGUACAAGUUACAACAGCAACCAACUCUAUUUUAACUGAAGAAUUCUGCUACCUCGUAUGAAGUUGCCUUUCGUUAUAUCUUCUACCAAGUUCUGUGAAAACAAAGUUGUAAUAUUUGAAACAACUCACACUAUUUACAAGUUAAGUUUUUCAGAAGAAGUACUGGAUUCUUUCCCAUAGUAGAAAUCUGUUCUCCGGAUUAUGAGUAAAAAAUGUUGUUUUGUAACUAACCUGAAUAAAUUUCAA